GGCCAUUUUAUAGAUCACCAUCAAAUCCGCCAUGCAUUUUUCGGGCUGAUUAAUACUUCAGUAAGCAAGCACGAUAGCAAAGGCUUGAUGAAUGAGUGAAGCAAGCAUUGACUUGGAUAUUCAGUGAUCAUGUACGGGUGUGCAUCUACAAAGAGGUGUGUCUACCUAUCGUCUGCAGUUUUCUUGCGGAUUAGAUAGCUACUAUCUCGUGAUUUCCCCUUCCCCUACUUGUAUCAAGUCACUAUUUCACAACCCUACCCUACGCACAAAACGAAAAAAACACAUUUUUAUCUAUAUAGUAUUUCUAUUUUGAAACGUCUGUUGAUCGUUUGUCUUUGGUCGCAGUUAGUAUGAACUAACAUUCGUCAUUGAGUGUACCUGAAGAUUUCGUCUCUUUAAGUGUCUCUACAGUUGUUCUGAAUUCAUCUUCCGACAAAAUCACACACAUCACCGCCAAUGCAGCCUCCAAGCUGGACCGAGUUCCUCCACUGCUGUGUAUGCAUCAGCAAGUUUGACACUCAUACAUCCAUCCCCGUCAGCCUGAGUUGUGGACACACACUGUGCUCUAAAUGCCUCGCCAAACUCAAUACUCAGAUAUGCCCCUACGACAAGAACCCCAUUGGUCCGUUAGUUGAGAGCUUACCAAAGAAUUUCGCUAUUCUUCAGCUUCUUGAAGAUGUCCCGAGCGCACAAGACGAACGGUACACAGAUCUGGACAAAGUGGGCGUGGUUGAUGCCGACCGUACCAGUUUUCUGGAUGCCAUGGAAGCUUUGGACAAACUGGCCCACUUCCUGCUCCCACUCGCCGACCAGACUGCCACCAGCAAUCCAGGCUCCCACCUCACCAAACCAAUGCUGAGGAAGCUAGUCUCCAUAGUGACCUGCCAGGCCCUUGAGAGUGAAGGGCGUGUGCGUAUCCUCAGGGCUGCACGCUCUAUUGCUGAUAGGACUGUCACAGAGCUCCUAGUCAUGCAUCAGAAUCAGCAACAGUUGUCUACCCAGCUCUGGACAGCUGUCAAGAACAGAGGCUGCCAGUUUCUGGGCCCUGUCAUGCAGGAGGAGGCCCUCAAGCUAGUGCUCAUGGUACUGCAGAGUGGCAAGUUCAUGGCUCGCAAGACCAUUGUGUUGUACGUGGUCCAGAAGUUGCUCCAGGACUUCCCUCAGGCCAGCAAGACCUCCGUGGGUCAUGUUGUUCAGCUGCUGUAUAGGGCCUCUUGCUUCAAUGUUGAAAAGAGAGAGGAUGACUCAUCACUGAUGCAGCUGAAAGAGGAGUUUCGCUCAUAUGAGUUGCUCCGUCGUGAGCACGAUGCCCAGAUCAUCCGCAUGGCAAUGGAGGCGGGGCUUCGUAUCUCCCCAGAACAGUGGUCCAGUCUCCUCUAUGGCAGCCACACGCACAAGUCCGACAUGCAGUCCAUCAUUGAUAAGCUUAUCUCUCAGGGAGCCACCUCCUCUGGGCUAAGUGAGCUGAUCAUCGCCAUAGGGAGGUCUCAGGACCCGUACAACCUCUCAGAGAAGAUAGUACCCCACCUUGAGAUACUUCUCAGGAAUGACAUCACCAACAACGAGAAAUGUACAAAGUUGGCUGGCAGCUGGUCCAGUUUCAGCGAAUACAUGCAUGCCUUGCAUAACGCCCUCCAGGGAUUCUCCACCUUCAUGCAGAUUCAGAGUGGUCGCUUCAAGACGGGCCUAUGUCCGAACCUGAGCAGACCUGAAGGUUGCCCCAGGGGGGAUAAGUGCACCUACGCACACACUGAGGAAGAGAGGGAGCUCUAUCGCAGUCUAUCAAAGGGAACCAAACCCCCUAAGGCACGUACCGAGCCUGUCAAAAUGUGUGGGGCUUCGAGUCGUAUAGGUCAAGGAACACGAGGAAGGCACUCAGGAGAUUUUGGGCCACCCAUAUCAGAUCUACCGAUGUAUUCGUACAUACCGUCCCAGCAAGUGGGUGUGACUCCGAUAGCGAGGGAACCUCACUACUUGAGGCAGGGGAGCGGGGAGGGAUCGUUUGAUUCUGGUCCCCUGUCGGGGGGAUUCCCCUUCACUGAUGGUCAGUUGCUGAGUAUGCAGAGAGAGUCGGACCCGUCGCUAGGGGUGAUCCAACAAGCCCCACCCACCAAGCCGGCCCAGUAUUAUCCACCCUCACAGAUCGGAUACCCCCCACCCCCUCCACAGUAUCACACCAUCCCUGUCGUCACAGCUCCACACCAGUACAUGUAUGGUGACUCCUCGAGAGAUGUGAUUUCAGCUGACCAGUCAUAUUACCGCAAUCAAGUCCAGCACGGUGUGGCCAGACCUAAGAGUUACUCGGAGGAGAAGCCGUACCAGAACCCUAACUACCAAGGCUAUAUCAACAACCCUGGCCCCUCCAACCAGUUGCCCCUGACGAAGCAGUACUCUGACGAUGUGAGACGAUUGGACAACUAUGCCGACCCACGAGACGAAAACACUUGGUCCAAAUACGGCCAAGAAGAUGACUAUUCCAAAUUCGAACCCGAAACUCAACCCACAGCUGCUGAUCCAUCAGGAAUAGAGAGGUCUACUUCCCUGUCCCCCUAUCCGUCCAAUCAGAGCUUCCCUUGUGGGAGUAGCCCCACCCUUUCAAAACACGAGGACGCAGACACGAAACCACCUGCUGUUACCAGCUCACUCGAGAGUGCUGAUUCAGAUCGAGAAUUGGAACUGAGAAUGGCAAAUUUGGAGCUUGCUAAGACUCAUCCUGACACUACUAUGUAUUAUCCUCUCACUACAGCCGUUAUCACAAGUGCUCUGUCUCGAACCCAUGUUACAUUGGAACCAGUACACGAGCAUCAACCUGAAUCUUACCAACCCCCCAUGCCUGGAUCUCAUCCCACUCUGUCGUAUUCCAAUUCCGAGUUCAAGUACCCCCCUCAAACCACACUGGCUCAUUCCUAUGGCAACAUUGGGUCGGAUGUUAGAACGGUACCCAGUCAAAGAAUCGACCCCAUACCAUCCGUUUCAAGAGGCAAUGAAGAUUUGAGAGAGCGAAGAGCACGUUUGGAGCAAGAACUGAGAAUGGUGGAAAUGGAAGAACAGCAGCAAACGGUCAAUCGAUGGAGUGGUCCGAAGAGUUACCCGCCUGUGGGUGCACGGGUACCGUACGAAAGUGGGGCAGGAGGGGCUUCCCCUCACCACAGUGGGCUGAUUGGGCAGCUCCCCUCGUAUGGGCAGUACCCUACAGGAGGUGUGCAGCAGCCACAGUACUCGCCACACAGCACGAUGACUCAUCAGUACGUCCCACAGCAGCCACAGAUGAGAGAGUAUCAGCAUGCUACUCCUGGUUCAUCCUCUCUUCCUCAUGGUGGCAUCUACUACCCCCCUCAGCCGACAGCCACUCCCCACCAGUGGAGCGCCCCCCUCAGCACUCACAGUGCACGUUAUGUGGCCCCCCUACAACAACAAGGCUAUGUUAUCCAGCCCCAGGUCCCAGCCGCAGCCCCACUCAUGAUUCAGCCUAGUCGAAUGGACUCCUCUGACGACGGCAUGAUUGCUGCCUACCUCCAGAGUCUGGAGCAAGAAAAAGCAUUUCAACAGCAACACAGCUAUACCUCCCCCCUCAACCAGGGGGCUAUGGGCAUGUACCCCCCAGGCACUCUGCCCCCCAGACAGCCAUACCCCGGUACUUACAAGUACACUUUCUAAGGCAUACUAACUGUAUCAAUCCAAGUCUACGUCCUAUAUUACACUAUUGAACUAUUUUUGCUGUGCAGUGCAAAUACGCAUGGCAUUUUUUCUUUUUCGAUUCUCAUUAAUGUUCUGUAAAUCUCCUCUCACCUACUUUAAUUUCUAGUAUGUGUUUGUGUGCGUUUCUUUUGUUCACUGUGACGUUUCAAUUAUCAGAUAUCAGUACUUGCUUAGCAACACCGUAUACGUACGUAUUCUGUACCCAGCACAGCUACAUCUAACUGUACUGUGUUAAAAAGGUGUGUUGCGUAAUAAUUAUCCUACUGUUAAUUAUGUGUUUUAUUUGGUGCAGUUACAGGCACUGUCAGUUUACUGUUUUUGUAUGUAUACCAUUUUUGAUGUCAGGAAAUGAUGAUGUUUGAUUCAGCUGCGUCUUUGGCGGCUGCACAUG